AUGUCUUCCUCAGGCGACAGAGUGGGCCCAGGCAGGAUGGGACUACUACCUAGGGCUGACACAGUGGACCCUUACAGGAUGGGACUAGGACCCAGGGCUGACACAGUGGACCCUUACAGGAUGGGACUAGGACCCAGGGCUGACACAGUGGACCCUUACAGGAUGGGACUAGGACCCAGGGCUGACACAGUGAUCCCUUACAUGAUGGGACUAGGACCCAGGGCUGACACAGUGGACCCUUACAGGAUGGGACUAGGACCCAGGGCCGAGCCAGGUGGAGUAACGAACAGGCUGGGACCCAGAGGGACUCCAGCGGGGCUGAGGCUGGGCCUUUGGAUCCUGUGUUUCAGCUGGUUCUGCUUCACUGCUCACGCUCAGAUGAAGAUACCACCUGAGACGGUCCAAGUUUGGGCAAAUGUCCUUUCAGUGCAACUACGCGAGGCUGCCACAAGAUACUCGGGAGCUAACAUUCUGCAAAAGAAAUUCAGAGAUGUAGAGUCCAUUAUCAAGAUAGUGGACAUCGAUGGUAGAGCCCAAGUGAGGGACUUUUCAGAGGACAUAGAGAGAAUGCUGGGGUCCAAGAUGAAGUCCGUUAAGCGAUUGGCUGAGUCUGCGGAGGAUGCAGAUUUGUACCACGAGUUCAACAAAACUCUACAGUUUGACUACUAUAACUCCAUGCUGGUGAACACAAUGGAUGACGAUGGUAACUUCAUAGAGCUGGGUGGGGAGUUUCCUCUGGAGGAGAAUGAGCAUUUCAACAACAUCCCAGUCAACACAAUGCAGAGUGACGUACAGGUCCCCACCAAUGUCUACAACAAAGAUCCCUACAUCCUCAAUGGAAUCUACAUGUCGGAGGCUCUGAAUGACGUGUUCAUCAAUAACUUCAAGAAAGACCCCACCCUCACCUGGCAGUACUUUGGCAGCUCCUCAGGUUUCUUCAGAAUCUACCCUGGUAUCAAAUGGACUCCAGAUUCAAAUGGUGUGGCUGCUUUUGACUGCAGGAACCGUAACUGGUAUAUUCAGGCGGCCACCUCACCAAAGGACAUUAUCAUUGUGGUGGACAUCAGUGGCAGUAUGAAAGGCUUGAAGAUGACCAUUGCCAAACACACCAUCAACACCAUCCUGGACACGCUGGGGGAGAACGACUUUGUCAACGUCAUUGCUUACACUGACUAUGUGCGCUACGUAGAGCCCUGCUUCCAAGGCACUCUGGUGCAGGCUGAUUUGGACAACCGUGAGCAUUUUAAGGUGCUGGUGGAUGAGCUGCAUGUGAAGGGAGAGGGUAAAGUUGCGAAGGCCAUGAAGGAAUCGUUCAAAAUCUUGAACGAGGCAGCGACCAAGGGCCAAGGCAGCCUGUGCAACCAGGCCAUCAUGCUGAUCACAGAUGGAGCCAUGGAGGACUUCAAGGACGUGUUUGAAGAGUUCAACUGGCCUGAUCGCAGGGUGCGGCUCUUCACUUACCUAAUAGGCAGAGAGAUGACCUUUGCAGACAACACCAAGUGGAUAGCCUGCAACAAUAAGGGUUACUACACACACAUCUCUACUCUGGCUGACGUACAGGAGAAUGUCAUGGAGUACCUUCAUGUCUUGAGUCGACCAAUGGUCAUCAAUCACAAUCAUGACAUCAUCUGGACGGAGGCCUACAUGGACUCAGUGCUCUUUGCCACAAAGGCUCAAAAUUUACUUCUCAUGACCUCCGUGGCAAUGCCUGUCUUCAGCAAGAAGAAAGAGACGCUGUCCCAUGGGAUUCUGCUGGGUGUGGUGGGUUCUGACAUCCCCCUGCUGGAGGUCAUGAAGUUGGCUCCCAGAUAUAGGCUGGGUCCACAUGGUUACGCCUUCCUCAACACCAACAACGGUUACAUCCUCGCCCACCCUGACCUACGACCUCUUUAUAAAGAUGGUAAGAAGCUGAAACCCAAGCCCAACUACAACAGUGUGGACCUGGCCGAGGUGGAAUGGGAGGACAUAGAUGAGACACUGAGGACAGCCAUGGUGAAAGGGGAGACGGGCACUCUGUCCUUAAACAUGAGAGCAUCAGUGGACAAAGCGAAAAGGCCUAUGUUCUUAACAAAUGACUAUUUCUACACAACCAUCAACGACACCCCAUUCAGUUUUGGUAUGGUGCUGACCAGAGGUCACGGACAGCUGAUGUUCAUGGGGACGGUCUCUGUGGAAGAGGGCUUGCAUGACCUGACGUCCCCUGAUCUAUCCAUAGCCGCUGAGUGGACAUACUGUGAGACAGACAUUGACCCUCACCACCGCAAAUACUCUCAGCUCCAGGCUGUCAUUCGCUACCUGCAGGGGAAGGAGCCUGACCUGGAGUGUGACGAGGUGCUGCUGCAGCAGACCCUGUUUGAUGCUGUGGUGACAGCCCCCUUAGAAGCCUACUGGCAGGCAAUAAUGCUCAAUGCAUCUGGGAUGGAGGCGGGUGUGGAGACAGCCUUCCUGGGAACUCGCUCUGGCAUCAUCCGGCUGACCAGAUACACCGGCAUGGAGACCAGGGUCGCCAAGAAGUUCCUGACUCCAGCGGAUAAGGACAACCUGUUCACCAUGGACCACUUCCCCCUGUGGUACCGUCUGGCCAUGGAGAACCCUCCCGGAAGAUUCCUCUACUACAUGCCGGUGGAGGACAACGACAACAAAGACAAGACAGGGGUGUCGAAGUAUGUCAUAGCUGUCACAGCUGUGACUGUGUCAUCGGGAGGCAAGACAGCCAUGGCUGGAGUGCUUGAAGUCCCUCAGGUUGCAGUCACACUCCCAUGGGUUCGCUGCCAGUUGGAGGCUCAACAGGCUACCCAGGGGCUGGAAGGUAGCUCUGUCCAAGCUCUGCAGCUUGUUUCGAGCCAGAGACAGCCAGGCCAGGCCCUGGAGCUCGUCCAGCAGGCCCAUGGGCAGAACAACCAGGCCGUUCAGCGACAAGUCCAGCCCUUUCAGUGUCCACAGACCCUGGAACAGCUCUCGGCUCAGCCCCCAGCAACUCCUGUUACUCUGUGUCACCUCCGUCUGGUUACUGGGGUCCGGAGAGGUAGGAAGGGGGCAAUCACCCAGGUUGUUACCAGAGAGGUUGAGCCACUGGAGGCUGCUGAGUCCAGAGAAUGCCCCUGGCUGCAGGCUGGAGAGGUGGUUGUCGGAGAGGUCCAGGAGCUCCAGAGCGCUGAGGAUGUCAACUGUUUCCUUGUGGACAGCAACGGUUUUAUCAUAGUCUCAAAAGAGAGGUCAGAGGUCGGACGUUUCUUCGGGGAAGUGGACGGGUCUGUGAUGACAGCGUUGAUCAAGUCAGGCAUGUUCAAGCAGGUGUCGCUGUAUGACUACCAGGGUAUGUGUAGAUCAGGACACAGUCAUUCCAGUAGUGCUCGGCCUCUGCUCAGUCCUUUCUACGGCCUUGCGGCAGUGAUCAAAUGGUUCUUUUCUCACAUGUUGAUGUUCUUAAUGGAGUUCAACUUCUGUGGGUUGUGGCACUCGGAUUACAUCGUAGACGCCAAGGCUGGCUACCAUACAUCCCAUAAAGCCAAGAAGGUUGACGCGCUGCAGCCGUGCGACACAGAGUAUCCUGGCUUCGUGUACGAUUCCUCCAUCAGAGAGACCAACAGCCUCAUCAAAUGUGGCCGUUGUCAGAAAAUGUUUGUGGUGCAGGCGGUUCCUGAAAGUAACCUGGUGUUGAUGGUGGUCCAGGCGGACUGUGACUGCUCCCGCCAGUACUCCUCCAUCACACUGGAGCCCAAGGAGGUCAAAUACAAUGCAUCAGUCAAGUGUAACAGGAUGAAAUCUCAGAAAGUCCGCCGGCGCCCAAACUCCUGUCACGCCUAUCAUCCUAAGGAAAAUGCCAAGGACUGUGGAGGAGCUUCAGAGAUCAGCCUAUCGGUGGCCGUCUUCUUGACUUCUCUGGCCACUUCAUUGGCCCUCUGAAGAUGGACAUAACAAGGCUCCACCUCUCUUAUGGCCGUUCACAUUUCCUUUUUGUAUAUUUUCUGAAAGACCUUUAACUACAUAAAGGACCUACCAACACAGUAGUUAAAGUCAAUUCCGGAGCAAGGGCUAUUUUCUAGUAAGACUCCUUUUCCCACAAUGAGAGAGAAAGAGACUCAACAGUCCAAACAAAUGCCACAUUUCUAUGCUUGGGACUCUUUUGCAUGAGCCAUGGGAUAUGAACUUGUGGACAUGCGAGGCAAUGAGAGACUGUUAUUUUCAUGGAGACACUAAUAUAGUAGGACCUACCCUGCCCUCUGCUGGACAAUCCAUCUGAGUGCAGACUGAAAGACAACCACCCUGACAAACUCACUCAACUGGAGAACUGUUGCCACGUGCAAAUCAACAGGAACAUAGAAUGUUUGCUUAUUUCUGAUUUUUAUACACAGUAACAUUAAGCUGUAUUGUAUUAAAACAAUUUUUUAUGUUGAAAUGAACUACUGUACCAAAACUGUGUGCUAUGAAAUAGGA